CCACGAGUAUUGCAAUUGCGUGGGCGGUAGAUAGGAGAAACAGACAUCAUCAUGGAGGAGCGAAGAUCUUUGAGGCAGCUAGCAAGCGUCAAGCAUCAGCUCUACCAUCCACAACUACCCACACUGAGACGCAUGGACAUGGACACAGUUGGGCACAGGCUCUCUAGCGAGCAUUCGCGCCACACGACCUUUUGCGUGAAAGAUGAUUUUACUAAAAUAAGAACAACAAGAUAUCCCGGUGCUCCCAACUUACACUGCAAGAGUAUGGUUACAAACGAAACAAAGGAGAAACUUGAGACUUAUGAAACAUUAAAGAACGCAAAUAACACUUCUCCUUACACUAAACAAUGGAAUAAAACACUCCAGCAACUGAGAAAGGAGCCUACACCACCAAUUCAAAAAAUCGAGCAUGAAGACUCUAAUAAUGUCAUUCAACCUAUUACAUCUAAUCUCUACGUGAGGAAACUCCAUCCUGAUAUAACAGCAUCAUGGAAGGUUGCACUGACAAUAAAAGAUAAACCACAUCACACCAUCACCAAGAUUGAGAGACCAAUGCCCGCCACUAUAUUCAAUAGAUACAGGGCCACAAGAAGGCCCUAUUCAGCCUAUCCAUGGUAUUAAUCACAAUAAUUAUUAAACUGCUAAGUACUGAAAAUUAAGCUCCUAAUAGUCACUUAGAACUGUAGAAUGGUGUGUAGAUUACUGAUAACCUUUUAGUUUUAAUAAAAGAAAAGGAAAUUAA